GGUUAUGAACACAAGUGCAAGUCCAUUGGAAAAGGCAGCGGCACCAAUGCAGUAGUCACCAGCAGUCCCAUGACAGUUCAGCAGCUGGGACCUCCUUCUCCUUCAGAGAAUCAGCUCUCAGCAGCAUGCAGCCAGACCAGCCCUAGCUCACUAAGGUCUAUGGAUGCUUCCAGCCUGAGUGCUUCUCCAUCAGAUACAAGGUCACUCUUGUCAUGUGAGUCUCUGGCCUCUACAACGUUAAGCUUGUCAGAAAGUCACCCCCCUUUGAGUGUUGAACAAGAGUGGUCGCAUAGGUACAGGACACUUUCUUCUGUUCCACCUGACCAUGGUUUACAAAAUGGCACUGAGCUGGGGGCCUUAAUAAAUUUUUUGCCUGAAGCAUCUAUAUCUAGUAACUCAUUACCAUCCUACUUUUAUGGCAUGGAAAAUAAGAAUUCCCCUUAUUCUAGUCCUUGCCAGUCCUCAGCCUGGUCUCAAUCGGCCCGCUCCAAAAAGAGAGCACUUUCUCUCUCUCCUCUGUCUGAGGGCAUUGGGAUCGAGUUCAACACAAUCAUUCGUACAUCCCCAACUUCUCUGGUGGCCUACAUCAACAGCUCCAGGGCAUCGCCAGCAAACGUCUCCCCACAGCCUGAGGUCUAUGGGCAUUUUCUGGGAGUGAGAGGAAGCUGUAUACCCCAAAACUGUUCUGUUUCAACUGCCCAGAAAGGCUUCCACAUGGCGAAUGGCAAUGCCCCUUUUCCAGAAUAUGUUGAGAAUGGGACAGGUGAGUACCACCGGAUGCAGCAGCUGGAGCAAGCCAGCUUGCAGAUGGUUGCCACGAAUAACAUGGUGAUCCAGCAGGGUGUGCUGCCCGUGGACAGCCAGGUGAUGGACAUCCUGAAAAGCGAACGGCUGGAUGACUUCUCAGGCGCUGUUGUUGACGUGCCUGUUUCCCCGCUGGCGCUGCCCCCGGCCCCACAGGGGCCGCCCCCGCCGUACCACGCUCACCAGCACGGCCUCCCCAGCCGCCUGCAGCCGCUGCCGCCCGCCCCGGGCGCCCUGCUGGAUGAGGAUGGCGAGCUGGACGAGCUCGGCGGCAAGCACGGCUGCUGCUGGGUUGACUGCGGGAAGCUGUACGACCAUCGAGAGGAGCUCGUGCGGCACAUAGAGAAGAUCCACAUUGACCAGAGGAAGGGAGAGGACUUCACCUGCUUCUGGGCUGGCUGCCCUCGAAGGUUCAAGCCAUUUAAUGCCCGCUACAAGCUGCUGAUUCACAUGAGAGUCCACUCAGGAGAGAAGCCGAACAAAUGCACGUUUGAGGGUUGCAAGAAAGCCUUUUCCAGACUAGAAAAUCUCAAGAUCCACUUAAGGAGCCAUACGGGUGAGAAGCCGUACCUUUGCCAGCACCCUGGCUGCCAGAAAGCCUUCAGCAACUCCAGCGACCGUGCCAAGCACCAGAGGACACACCUGGACACUAAACCUUAUGCAUGUGAGAUUCCAGGAUGUACUAAGCGAUACACAGAUCCAAGUUCCCUGAGAAAACAUGUGAAAGCCCAUUCUUCCAAAGAUCAACAAGUCAGGAAAAAGUUGCGAUCAAGCUCAGAAAUCAGCCAGGACAUCCUGAAUGACUGCCUUGCAAUCCAGCCCCUCCAGCCAGCCCUGUCACCACAUGAUGCUGUAGAUAAUACCAUGGGACAUUCCCCAGGGCCUGCUUGUGAUAUUUACCCAGCAGCUGUGAUCCCCAGCACACAGAUAAAUCAAAGUGGAAUAGCAGCUGGGGCAGUGUCCUUGUCCCACCCCAGCAGCCACUCUUCCCCAGGACAUAACAUUCAGGGCAGCCCUCUGCAUCCUCCCCAGAUACCUCUUCUCACAGCUGCAGACUCAGAGAGGUUUGUUACUCCAGCUCCUUCUCCUCAUCACAUCAGCCCCCAGAGAAUGUCCAUUCCACAAUCUAUGAUGCAGAGACAGACUCCACAACCUCCUCAGCUUCCACAGCUUGCAGGGAUGCCUCUGAAGACAUACCAACCAGCAGAAAGCCCUUCUUUUCAGCCAAAUGCCCUUCACAUCCAGGGUUUCUAUGGGCAGCUUCAGACUUUCUGCCCUCCACAUUAUGCUGACAUUCAGAAGAGCAUACAAGACAGUGUUUCUUGCGAUAUGGUUCCUCCUGUUGACUGCUCAGCUCUUACAUCAGUGGGCCAGGCAGGGCUUGGCAUUUUCCAUCAAAGUUUUUCAGAUCAUUCUGGUAUCAAAGUGUAUGACUUUCCAGCAGGGUCUGUAGGUAUCUUUGGUGAUUCAGCUUGCAGCAUGCCAGAUGACAGCAGUUUCCUACAAGUAAAUGCAGUGGAUCAUUGUUCCAGCCAGCUUUCUUCUGUAUACACUGAAGGCUAAAGUAAUGUAUAUCUAGUUACAAGAACUUGAUUCUGUUUCAUUUUGCCCUUCUUUUAUUUCCCUACAAAUUUCUUCUCUCCAUGAAACUGCCAUGUAUGUAUGGGGAUAUGACUAAAUAUACGUACAUAAUGGAGAGGAACUGCAAGCAGCCAGCUGAGAAGAAUGUUUGGAUAAAGCAAGCUUUGCCACAACCUUAGCAAUUGUUUCUUUUCUUCUCAUCUGUGGUUCAGCAACUGUACUUUAAAAAUUAUUUCUUAUUUUAAUUUCUCAAAGGGAAUGCAGAGACCAAAUAAGAAAACUGGUUGUUGGCUAUAAUUCUUUCAAGCUGAAUGGGUGCACUUACAGAAGAGCACAGCUUUAGAAAAUUCCUUUUUCAAAAAAGGAAAAGAAGCAAAACCAGAGCAUACUACAAACAGUUCAAAGGUAUACAGUUUUUGCACAACCUGUCUAUAUAUGAUACUUCCAAAGUUUAACACACACCACUAUCCAGAAGGAAGAGAAAUUUUAAUAUAUGUUGGCACUACCUGUUGGAGGCAUUGGCAUGGCUUCUUUUGGAUUAAACAUUGUUGGUAGAGGAUUUUUUACAGUCCUCAGGUUAGGUGUUCUUUCCUUCCCUCUUUAUUUUAUGCCAUACAGUAUGGCUAUUACUGUUUUCCCAACAUUCAUUCUGACCCUUUAAGCAUUAAUAAGAAGGUUUAAAUACACAAGAAGUUAUGUGGACUUUGUCUCAAUUUAGCACAUCUGCCAGAUAAGCAUAAACGCAUUUUAACUUUCAGUUGCUUUUUAGUUAGAUUGUAGAGCAUUGUUGCUGUAUGUGUUAUAGUCUUCUGCAGAAAAGUUUAAAAUAUUUUGUAGGAAAGAUUCUUCCUUAAAUCCCACAUAUUUUUUUAAAAAGCUGUCUGUACUGAUUCAAUUAAAUUUUGUUUGUCCUAAUCUUUUUCCAUAACACAUUUUCAGAAAGAAGAACUACUCUUAAGCGUACUAUGUUUCCUCUGGUUACUUAGAGAGAUAAAACUUGGUGGUUUUGGUUUUUCUGAUCAAUGUCAGGCUCAAGGUCCUCAAAUUUAGUCCAGGAUGCAAGCAAAUUAGGUUGUCCUUCAUAAAACAUACAGGGUUAUGAGUUAAAACCAGUAUUUUGCAGUAGAGAUGUCAUCACUGUGAUCCUGUAUACUUUGAGAACAACUCUUACAAUAGUAAGACCAAGUUUUUAGUUUUAAUUCCUGUUCAUCCAUUUUGUGGACUUCUUACUGUGUAGUGUACAUCGUAAUAUUCUCAUGACCUGAUAAAGACAGAAAAGUUCAUUUUUGCAGGCUGGACCAUAACUAUGCUUCUGAAAUCACUCUCCUAAAAAGAUAAGCUUAAAAAAAAGGGUUUAUACAAACUCUUUUGUUUUCCUGGCAAGCUUUUGAGAAUUGUUAAGUCCAAUUUGGCUCAAAUUUAAUCUGAAAUUAUGUGGAUGAAUUUAUGUCCAGAUGUUUGUGAACACUUGCAAUCUUUUGAGGUUUUUAUUCAUGAAGUAUAUUCUUAUGUGCAGUCAUGUGCUUAAAUACUUAAUGGAGAGAUUUUCAUCCGAUACAUAGAAUAUAUCAAUAAAUCAUAUACACAUAAAUGAAGUACAACAAGAAUUGACUGAAACACAGCUAAUUCUGUGCCAAGUCUUCCCCUAUACAUUCUACUUCUCACAUCACAAGAGAAUGUCCCUCUGCUCCAACUUGCACAAAGAGGUCUAGAUGUUACAUAUGUGAUUUGCAUUGGGUUAAAUGACACCAUUCAUCCUUCACAGCUAUACAUGUGCAAUCAAAAAGACAGUCCUUUUGCAUUGACCACAAGUUUUGCCUUUUCCUAAAGCUUUAAUUUUGUACUAUCUUAAAGCCCAUUCCGUGGUAACUACACAAGUGUAACUUGGUUCAGUAGGAAUAGUCACACUGAACACUUCAAUUUCAAAUGUGUGGAAUUGUGUUUUGUUCCACCAAAGUCAGCAAGGGCAGGAUCAGACUAUGUGUGGACAUAUGCAUGUACAGACAUGUAUCUAUAUACUUCUGUAUAUAUAAAUCCUUCAAAAUUCUUUUAACCACAUGAUUGUCCAGAAUUUGUCCACUGCAGUUUACAAAACUGAAAUACUGUUGCUGUCUUCAGAUCUGUACUGCCUUGACUUUUAAACGUUUUGAAAUAAUUUUUUCUUGUAUCUGAAUGUUCAAGUUGUUCUGUAGAGUUGGGGGAUUACACAUUUUGAAACACACUGACCAAAGGGAAAGUGAGAGUAGAGAAUUCAAAAAGGGCAUUUUUAACUUUGGGGUUCAUCAGUUACGUUUUAAAAAGGAAAUGUUUGCAAGUCAUCAAGUCAUUCUUUCACAUACAUAUAAUAUAUAUAUUGACAGCUUUCCAUGAGCCUUAAUCCUAAAAAAGAAGGCCCUAGAGAACAGCCAAAACACAUGAAUGUGGGCUACCAGUCUGUAAAAAAGUAUGCCUUUGUUUACUUCUCAUUCAGAGACAAAGAGGAUUCUUCACUAUUAUUUAUUAUUCUCUUUGAAGUUGGACUGACUUCAAGGCAUCAAUUUAAUCACUGAGGGCAGUUGCAUAAAAAACCCCAUCGUAUCCCAGGUAUAUUGAAUAUUUAAAUAGGGAAUCCUGUUUGUCACAAUCAAAAAUGGUGCUUGAUGAAAUACAAUUUUGUGGGUUAUCUGCAUAACUGAGUUAUUUGCAAAUACUUGUGCCUCAGUGAGUUUUGUGUAGUUACUCUACUUGCUGUAUUGUUAACUUUCUAAAGGGAUUAAUUUCUAAGAGAUGAAGUUAUUUUAGACUAUAGACAUUAAACCAUAUUCAAAAGAAAUUACUUAUAAUUUUCUUUUAUACAAUUCAGCUGUGUCCCAACUCAGUGGUCUUUUUAUAUCUGCAUUAGAAAUGGUUCUACACUGGAGUUUAAAAUAGAAAGUGCAUGUGUAUAAGUGGAAAUGCAUGAGUGCACGUGUGGAUUUGGGUCUCCCUUUCUAUGUGUGUAUCCACACAAACAGGCAUUGUGGAUUACCACUACAAUGCUGAAGAAUUCAGUGCUAAGGCCAUCUGUCACACUGUAUAUUGUUUUCAGCUUUUCUUGAAAAGGUGUGAAUGAGUAUAAAAAUUACAUUUUAACGGUUUAGUCCCUGUUUUCCCUGUGUAAUUUUAUAGCAGAUUUUUUUAAAUGGCACUUUUUUUCUUGUUUGUAUGGAAUUUUGUUCUUGGUUUGGGGCUUUUUGUGUGUGUAUAUAUAUUUCCCUGAAGCAGGUAAAGCAAAAGAAAAAGACCACAAAUUAAAAUUAGCUGAGUGAGUUUUUAUUUAAGAAAAAGAAAUUCUUUUUGCUGUACAGAAAGCAGCAUCUGUACAGAAAACAGCAUCUUGUGUAACAUUUUUUACACAAAGCACUUUGGUGAGGAGAGAAAGUGGGAUUAUGUUUUUCCUAAACCUUACAGAGUAAUCCACAUAUUUAUACAUGCUUAUAUAUAUACAUAGAAUCUUAAUUUGCCAUACUGUAUAUCUGGCUGAUAUAUCUUCCUCUAAAGAAAUGUCUGUUGCAUGUCAUGAAAAAAGUAAAAAUUCAAAAGAAUUAGUUACACCUUUUGCUCUACUAGUAUGUGUGAUUUUGUGAUUUUUUUUACAGUUAUUUUUCAUACAAUCAUAAGUUAUUUUUGUCCUGUUUUAUAACAUUCUGUUUUAUGUAAAAGGUAAAAGUGAAAGGUGUAUGUGCAUGGUACAAAAUAAAACUGGAAAAUUGUAACUCCAUUACAUUAUGUGUAGAACAUAAUAUUGUGAUAUGCCUAUAAAGAGAACUGCUCUAGCCAUUGUCCUUCACCAUAAAACUACUACUAUUUGUAUUGAUUCAUAUAAUUAGAAAUAGAAAUAGGAAAUAAACUCUUGGAGAUUUCUCAAAAAAACCGACUCGGCUCAGAGUUUUAAGUCUGGAUUUAAUUCUUGUUAUGAUAAGGCUACAGAUUUGUAGGGAUAAAUGAAUGCCUCAG